GUACCAGCACAAGUCUUUUCCUUGAAUCUCGCAGCAGCAGCCGGCGCCCCUCCCCAAGGGCCUCCCGCGCUGCGCCCCGGGGACGUGAAGAACAGGGGGCAGACUGAGGGCAACCCUUUAUAGGCAGCAGAUGCUGUUCUCACCCACCCACCGCUCUCUGUGCGCAGCAGCGCUGCAGGGACCGCGAGCCAGGCUGAGCGCCAGGGAGACAGAAGCGCAGCGACUCACCACCGGCUGCCGGCCACCGGCGCGCUCCGCGGCGCUCCUCAUGGGACCCCGGCGCCUGGCGUUGUUGCUGCCUCUGCUGCUCUUGCUUCCGACGGAUUCUAAAGGUGCUUUGGGAAAAACCCAUUCUAGGAAUCGAAGAGGAAUCCUUGAAUUAGCUGGAGCCAUUAAAUGCAGCACAGGACACUCUCCUUUUGCUUAUCUACGUUAUGGAUGCUAUUGUGGUCUGGGAGGGCAAGGCUGGCCUAAGGAUAAAGUAGACUGGUGCUGCUUUAAGCAUGACUGUUGCUACAGUAAGGCAGAGCAAGCAGGCUGUAAGCCCAAGAUACAGAGCUAUAACUGGGAAUGUGAAGACAAUGCUGCUGUGUGUGAUUCACUAGAAGACAAAUGUCAAAAAAUAAUGUGUGAAUGUGACCGCAAAGCUGCCAAGUGUUUGGCUAAAGCCCCUUAUUACCCAAGGUACAUUUUCUGGCCAGAUUUUGUAUGUGGUAACAAUCACCCAAAAUGUAAAUUUUGGUGAGACAGGAGGACACUACUCUAAUAUUUAUAAAAAUCUGUACGUGCUUUUGAAUUUAAAAAAUAAACUUUCUAUCAAAAAUGA